AUUUUACAAUCAUAAUACUAGUCUAAAACUGAAUAUACACGUAGAUAGAAGACAACAAACCAGAAUAGCACUCUUCCCCGAUGUGUGUAUUCGAUAUAAGUGCACCGAAAGCGGGACGUUGUCUUUGUUUUGAUUCGUGUUGACGAAAGUCAGGCUUCAAUGUUGUGUUUUUCACCGAAGGCCCAAACUGUUGUGACUUCUCUCAAACCGAGUAGCUAAUUCCCAAAAACGUUGUUACGUCAUGUUACGUAGCUUAAAAAAUAAUUUAUGUCUACUCACACGAUACCAUUGUUUAUCUACUCGUUGAAGGAUAUUAUCAUAAUGAGUUAUGCGGAGAAACAGGACGACAUAACGAGGGAAGAGUGGAUGGAAAAACUCAACAAUGUCCAUAUACAGAGAGCUGAUAUGAACAGGCUCAUUAUGAACUACCUGGUCACAGAGGGCUUCAAGGAGGCCGCGGAGAAGUUCAGGAUGGAGUCUGGAAUAGAGCCCAGUGUCGACUUGGACUCCCUAGAUGAACGGAUUAAGAUCAGAGAGAUGAUCCUGAAGGGACAGAUCCAGGACGCCAUUGCACUGAUCAACAGUCUGCACCCAGAACUGCUGGAUACUAACCGUUACCUCUACUUCCACCUACAGCAGCAGCAUCUGAUCGAGCUGAUCCGUUUGAGGGAGACCGAAGCUGCCCUCGAAUUUGCCCAGUUGCAGUUAGCGGAGCAGGGGGAGGAGAGCCGGGAAUGUCUUACCGAGAUGGAGAGGACACUGGCGUUGCUGGCUUUUGACAACCCAGAGGAUUCGCCUUUUGGAGAUCUGCUCAAUAUGAUGCAGAGACAAAAGGUGUGGAGUGAAGUGAAUCAGUGCGUGCUAGACUAUGAAAACAGAGAGUCAACACCCAAGCUGGCCAAGCUCCUGAAGCUACUGCUGUGGGCUCAAAAUGAACUCGACCAAAAGAAAGUGAAGUAUCCCAAAAUGACAGACCUCAGCAAGGGAACCAUCGAAGACCCAAAAUAAGGACCCCCAGUGAAAACAUACAUCAUCAUUACAACAAAUGGACACAUUUCCUUUAUCUAUUUAUACCCCGACAAACUGACUCAUACAGAGUACAACCUUUUCUUCUUUUUGUAAGGGUUGCUUUUUUGAUACUUUAAUAACUUAGAACAUGUAAACUGGAUUGAUGGCAUUUUAAAAUGACUUCUCACACUAAAGUAACAUGCAGACCAUUAUUAUAAUUUACAUAUUUGUUUAUGUAGAAUUAGUAUAUUUCAGCUACACUAGUUUUUCUGUCUGUUGGCAGGGAAAGUUGUCUGCGUAGGAGGGUGUGAAUAAAGCCUAAAUUAGGCUGUCACUUUCUGUUUGCGACCAGUUUGAUGUUCAGGAGAAAUGGUUGGCUCGGUGUUCCUCAAAUACACAAACUUUUACCGUACAUCCAAACACACACACACAUUUCAGCUGGUAGUUUUCAGCUGGUAGUUUUCAGCUGGUAGUCUUAUGUGACGGCAUUGGCCAAAACAAGACACUUGAGAUCUUUGGAACUACUGUGACUUUGAAAGUUUGAGUUCAGCUUAAGAAACGUGCCGCAUUAUUGCUUGAGACAUUAUAAAAAGAUGCAAACAUAGACUGGAACCAAGAGAAGAGAACGUUUCUAGCUAUACAUCACGGUAGCAGUUAACAAGUGGGACAAGGAAGGAUUCCUGGAAUGUUAAAAAAGCUCAGAGGCAGCCUCAGUUUCAUACAGUUCUAAGAUAUCAGAUAUUAAAAGAUGUGAAUGAAUAAAUCUCUGUCCACAGACAUGGAGACACUUAUACAGAUAGAUUAUUAAUGUGUAUGGAAUAAGUAGCUCUUUUGCUAAAUUUGAUGUGCUUUUUUUUUUGGCUCCGAUAUUGUUUUGCAAUAAAAGUGACAUUUUAAACAGCGCAAGUCAUAAAAAAUUAAACGCUUGCAGUGUUUUUAAUUCUGGAAUUCUCAUAAAAAGUGGUGCAUGUACUCAAGUACUGCAUAGUUAUGAAGUACAUUUACCUGAGUGUCCAUUUGAUGGUAUUUAACAUUUCUACUACACUUCCUUUGAGAGAGAAAUAUUGUACAAUUAACUCCACUGCAAUUUUCUGACACUUUACAGAUGACAAAGAUUCACAAAUAGGUAUCCAUUUAUCUUAUAUGAUGCAGUAGAUUAAACUAGUCACCUAGUUACCUAAGUGGUUAAACUAAGCUCCAGCCAACAAUACAAACUGCUGCUUAGCAUUUUACUGUAUUUGUUGGUUGAGGUGGAGCUAACUUUACUUCCAGUUGUAUCAUGUUAGUGCAUCAUAUUUUACGAGUUCAUCACAUGUUUUGUAUAUAAAGUUUACCUGUAAAAUAGUGACUAAAGGUUAACAUUUACAGUUGAUCACUUUUACUUUCAACCCUUUACUUUAACAUCACAAAGUACAGAGAAUCUUAACUUGUACAAAUCAACUAAUAACUUAUGAUAUAGUAUUAGAGGUAAAGCUACCCAGCAGUAUGUGUAUCAUUCAUAUAAGCUCCACUUUUAAGUUUUUUUCUGCCACUGUAUUAAAUAUGUUUCUUAUAAUGGGAAAUGAGUAAUUAUCCAGAAAUGGGCAAUUUUGCAUAGUGAGUACUUUUACUUUUUGGUGUAUUUUGAUGCUUAAUAAUACUUUUACUGAGGUAACAUUUUAACUGCAGGACUUUAACUGUACAUAGUGCAACUUUUACUGAAAUAUCCGAGUACUUCUUACGCCGCUGUGUAUUAAAUAUGUAACUUAUAAUUGAGUAUUUAUCCUUGUGGUGCUACUACAAAUGGGCAAUUGUGCACACUAAGUACUUUUACUUUUUGGAUUUUAACUGCAGGACUUUAACUCGUUUUUACACGAGUACAUAUUGCAACUUUUUUACUGAAAUAUCGGAGUACUUCCGCCACCGUGUAUUAAAUGCAUUCCUUAUAAUGGAGUGAGUAACCCACCCCCACCAA